AUGGGAUUGAUGUGUAUUUCACUCUCAACUUUCUUCAAGCAUCAACGUGUAAGUGUGGUGAUAAAUAUUCAGUAAUAAUUUACAAAUUCAGAUAGUGGGCAAUAUUUGGUUAUGGUACCUAAACAUAUAAUAUGUUUGUAGGAAAAGUUAUUCCCUGGAAUCUACCUUCAUUGGAAAAAAUACCAGGAGGGAUUAAUCACCAAAAUGAAGAGCCAUAGUGACCUGAUGAUAGCUGGUGACGGAAGGCAUGACAGUAUGGGUCAUAGUGCUAAGUACUGUGCCUAUACUGUCUUCUGUUGCACAGUACCAUUCAUCAUUCAUUUUACAAUGGUGCAGGUAUGUUAGAAAGCACAAAUUGUAUCAGUGACAGAUUUUCAUAUUUUUGUUUGAGGGGUAGGGUGGAUAAAUAUGGGGGGGGGGUGUGCUGCUGCGGGGAUGCAAAACUUUUGGGGUGGUGUUAAAUGCCUCUGGGGGCACACCCCCCCCAGAAAAUCCAUGCCUGAAUUGUAUACACCAGAAUGAUAUAAAAUCACGUUGCACAUUUACUGGUUUUUUUUUAAUUUUAGAGAAAUGAAGUAGGUAGCAGUCCUGCGAUGGAGUACCAUGGCUUUGUAAGGUGCAUGGAAUAUCUUCUGGGCACUGGACUACUUAUAAAGACUUUCGUUUCUGAUCGGCAUUCAGGAAUUGCAAAGCACAUGAGAGAAAAGCUGACCACAAUCAAGCAUUAUUUUGACAUUUGGCAUUUAAAGAAGAGUAUGUUAUCAGAAUAA